UAUUUCUUUUUCUAGACGUCCAUUAUUUCGGUGAUAUUUUUUUAAAGAAAAGAUCCACAGAAGUAUCAUUUAUCUAAAAUGAAGUUAAUUUAUUAUUCGCUCUGCUUAUUUAUUUGUGCAUGUCUACCAACUGUAUGGGGGUCAUACUCUUUUGCUCUAGAAGAUUCUCUGAGAACAACUUAUCUAGAUACAGGUUAUAACACAUUCGUCAGACCUCUACUAAAUGUAGAAGUCACAUUAGCACUAAAUCUCAUCACUCUCAACUCACUGAGUAUUAGUGACCAGACGAUGUCUAUAGCUGGAUAUCUCACAAUGACAUGGUCUGAUAACAGAUUAGACUGGUCCUCAGACUCAACAUACAGUAGCAGUAUACCUGCGAUAUAUAGUAAUGAGAACUAUGUUUGGAGACCAGCUCUUAUUAUUGAAAACUCAGUAAAAGAUAUUUCGGUGAUAAGUGAUGAAAACGUUCUGAUGAGACUCGAAAGUACGGGGAAUAUAACUUGGACACCCUCGGGAAUUUACGUAACACACUGUGAAACAGAUGUCACUUUCUACCCUUUUGAUACGCAAGAAUGUGACGUCACAGUAUCUACAUGGGGAUAUACUUCAAUCGAAAUAACCCUUUUCAUAGCAUCCGAGGCCGUAAGGUUGAGCUAUUACAAAGAAAAUGGAGAAUGGUCGUACGAAGGGUUUUCAACAACUUCAGCUACAAACACUAGAGAAGGAUCAUCGACGCCUCAAGUUUCAUUUAAACUCAAGUUUAAAAGACGACCAGCUUUCCAUGUCUUGAAUUCUUUGAUACCAAUGGUUUUAUUGGCACUUCUGAGUUCCAUUGUAUUCAAACUUCCUCCUGAUUCUGGUGAAAAGAUGGGCUACACCCUGACCGUUUUAUUGGCGUAUGCAGUGUACCUGACUAUUAUAUCAGAUGAUCUACCCUCUACAUCGAACUCCACGGCUAUCUUAACCAUUUAUUUAUUGCUCGUCCUAGCGUUAGGAGUAUUGUCGGUCAUUAUAACCAUUUACGUCCUGGAUUGUCAUCACAAAGAUGAAGACGUCCCAGUUCCAAAAUGGCUGACAAAACUGUCGACUGGUUGUCUCGCUAAAUUUGCAUGUUGGAAAGAUCAUAAAUGUUUAUGUGGAGGACAAGUAUAUCCAGACGGAAACAGGAGAGGGUAUCCGAAAGAAACGGAAAUGAAAGGCAAUCACAGUGAUGAGAAACGUGCAUCUUUUAACGAUAAGAAAUGCAAACACGAUAGUCUUACAUGGAAAGACAUAUGCCAUAUUUUAGAUGCGUUUUUCUUAAGACUGUAUCUCAUUAUAAUUGUUGCUAUGACGGUAUUAUUGUUACUGGCAUUGACGAUAGGUUAUGUUGUCAAAUGAAUAAUCAAUCAUAAAUAGGAUUACUGAUUGCUCGGAACACUAUAUAUAUUUUAACACUUUUUAUUUUCAAUGAGGAUUCGAUGUCUACGAAACACUUUAAAGUUAUAAGGUGA